CCUGUGCCCCCCCCCCCCCCCCCCAAUAAAGGACUUCCUGAUGACUUCAACACACACUGCAGAUUUUAAAAGGACGCUUUCACAGCCCAGACGCACCACAGACGACCACCAUCACACCUCUGACUCCCCCUUCUGUGUAGACCAUCCACGAACAGGAUGUGAGUCGCAUGUUCAAACAGCAAAAGACCAACAAAGCGGCGGGCCCGGGCCUUGGGUCCCCAUCCUGCGUGGGCCAGCUUGCUCCAGUUUUCACAGAGGUCUUCAAUCGAUCUCUGGCAUCUGUGGUCAUGAAGUCCUUUGAACGCCUCGUGCUGGACCACCUCAAGAGCAAACAGGUCUGCGGAUAACGCAGUCAACACGGGACUGCAUUUGACACCUCGACGGCGCGGGGACCUACGCGAGGAUCCUGUUCGUGGACUUCAGCUCCGCGUUCAACACCAUCAUCCUCGAACUCCUCUCCUCCUGCCAUCUGCUGGUGGAUCUACAGCUUCCUGACGGGCAGGACACAGCAGGUGAGGCUGGGGGACACCACCUCAUCCACAUGCACUAUCAGCACCGGGGCCCCCCAAGGAUGUGUCCUCUUGCCGCUACUCUUCUCUCUCUACACGAACGACUGCUUCUCCACGCACCCGGCUGUCAAGGUCCUGAAGUUUGCAGACGACACCACAGUCAUCGGCCUCAUCAAAGACUGUGAAGAGUCUGCAUAUCGACAGGAAGUGAGCUUUGGUGCGGCCGACACAACCUGGAGCUGAACACGCUCAAGACUGUAGAGAUGAUCGUGGACCUCAGGAGGCAUCCUUCGCCACAGCUGCCCCUCACGCUGUCCAACUGCCCUGUGUUAUUCCUCUUACAUUAUUACUUGUUCCUUCGACUUUCAACUGAAUGUAAAUUCAAAAUAUGAGCAUCUACAUUUUUCACAGGUGCUAGACCGUAAAAUGUAUUUUUUUCAUUGGAACACAUUUGGAAUGAAGCUCCUUAAUUAUCGCCUUUAGCUGUGUCUCGACGGCAUCACCUACUUCGGUACAACAAACCAAACGCACCCCUUUCAUUCCAUCUCACCCACUUCCUGGAUGUUCAACCAAUCACAUUUAACAACUCACUCAGCGGGAAGAAUAAAGCGGAAGAGAAACAAAUCAGUCGUGAGCAGACGAGAGAAGCUCAAGUAAGGUUUAACGAACACGGUAAUGGCGUCUACUAGCUAGGAGCAAACAGCGGUUGAUAUCAUGAGGCGCUCGGCAGCUCCCAGCCAGCUUCGGGGUAAUGCUGCAAAAAAGCCUCGUUUUGUGCCUCCCGGAGCUGCUGCUUCAUGUACUGGUGCCGAAACCAAGCCCCAGUUCCCUAAACCUGCCUUGGACAAUGCCUUGAAUAAGGUCCAAAGAAGUGUAGCGGCUCCACCUCCCGGCAAAAGUGGAUACGCUGUCCAGCCAGCACCAGCUUUGUCAAAGGCUCUGGCCAGAGUGCUCAAUGCAACAGAAAGUAAGGAGAAUGUUGCUGUGACAGAACAUCCGAGCGCUGCCUGGCAAGAGCGCACAACACCGCGAGAAAACAGAGGGGCAGGCCUCCCUCAAACAUGCGCCGCUUCAAAUCCGGCCCCAAACGCAGACCUGAGCCGGGACACGGUGCGGUACUUCAGCGUGAUGUGGUGUAAGGCCAGCAAGAAGAAACACAAGCGCUGGGAGGGGGACGCCGUGCUGGUGACGAGGGGCCGCACAGCCACCCUCAAAGAUAUGGAGGGCAAGGACAUUGGACAGGGUAGCGGCUACAAAAUGUCAGUGCUGGCCUCUCUGGCUGAAGGAGAAACCCUGAUGAUCGGAGCCAAGGAGGUGGAGGUUAUGGGAGUCAUAUCGGCAGAAACCUUCGCCACGGGACGUUGUUUCCAAGAAGCUCGGGUAGACGGAGAAGAGCUGCUCCAGAAGAGGGCGCCCCCUCCUUCCCAUCGCUUGGCGUCAAAACCUUUCUGCCCCCCUACGCUGUCGGGGAGAGCAGAGCAUCUUGGAUCUCAACCAACGGAGGAACAGAUCCGCAGACCUCUCUAUGAUCCACAAGCUCUCGGUGCUCUGGUGAUGCCUCGGCCCGCUCCCAACCACCAGUGGUCUUAUAACAAGUUAGGGCUUCCGGUAGUUGAUGUUGUGGUUGACCCGCACCUGACGGCCCACCUGCGCCCCCAUCAGAGAGACGGCCUGCUCUUUCUCUACGAAUGUGUCAUGGGCAUGAGAGCCGCAGGACGCUACGGGGCCAUCCUGGCCGACGAGAUGGGUCUGGGGAAGAGCCUCCAGAGCGUGGCGCUGUGCUGGACCUUGCUCAAGCAGGGGCCGUACGGAGGGAAAGCGGUGGCCAAGCGGGUGCUGGUGGUCACUCCCGGCAGCCUGGUGCAGAACUGGGCCGCCGAGUUCAACAAGUGGCUCGGCCGUGAGAGGAUCGGCGUUUUCACAGUGGAUCGGGAUCACAGGAUUGAGCAGUUUCUGUUGUCCCCUCUGCACAAUGUUCUCGUGAUCAGCUACGAGAUGCUUCUGCGCUGCCUCGAGCAGGUGCAAAAAGUGGAGUUCGGUCUUAUCAUCUGCGACGAGGGUCACAGAUUAAAGAACAGCAGCAUCAAAACGUCCUCGGCCCUCAGCAGCCUGAGCUGCGCUCGCAGGGUCAUACUAACGGGCACCCCAGUGCAGAAUGAUUUGCAGGAGUUCUACGCCAUCAUCGAGUUUGUUAAUCCGGGCAUACUUGGCUCCACCACUGCGUAUAGGAAGGUGUUUGAAGAGCCCAUUCUCCGUUCCAGGCAGCCUUCCUGCUCCGAGGACGAUCGAGCCUCGGGAGACGAGCGAGCGUCUGAGCUCUCCCGACUUACCGGCGUGUUCAUCCUGAGGAGGACGCAGGAGAUCAUCAACCGCUACCUGCCGCCGCGCCUCGACUGGACCUUGUUCUGCAGGCCGUCCCCGCCGCAGCGAGAGAUCUACAGGCAUCUUCUGAACCACAGAAUCUUCAGAGCCUGCCUCCAGGGCUCCGCGCAAGCACACACGCACUUGGCCUGCAUCACUGCCCUGAAAAAGCUGUGUAACCACCCUGCUUUGCUUCACACCACCAUCCUGGACAAAAUGAAAUGUGAAUCAGAGGAGAGCUCAUUAUAUGAAGGCCUAGCACCGUUUUUCUCCGAAACCUACUCUUCAGAUUGCUUAAACCCUGCUGACUCGGGGAAACUUUUGGUUCUGUUGGACCUCCUGAAGACCAUCAGACGGCUCAGCCCAUCAGACAGGGCGGUUGUGGUGUCCAACUACACUCAGACGCUGGACAUGCUGCAGAGGUUUUGCGUGGACAUGAGCUACACGUUCUGUCGGCUCGACGGACAAACGCCCACCGGCCAGAGGCAGCGGCUGGUCGACCGCUUCAACAGCCCUUAUUCUCCCAGUUUCCUGUUUCUGCUCAGCUCCAAAGCUGGUGGCGUAGGGCUUAAUCUGGUGGGGGCUUCCCACCUGGUGCUCUAUGACCUUGACUGGAACCCUGCCACUGAUAUUCAGGCUAUGGCUCGAGUGUGGCGAGACGGACAGAAGAAAACCGUGCACACCUACCGUCUCCUCACUGCAGGCACGAUUGAGGAGCGCAUAUUCCAGCGGCAGGUGUCCAAACAGGGGCUUUCUGGGGCAGUGGUGGACCUCGGCAAAGGCUCCGAGCACGCCAGCUUCUCCGCCAACGAGCUGCGCGAUCUCUUCAGCCUGACGGACACGCCCUCUCUUACCCACGACCUGUUGAACUGCGGCUGUGACAUGGAUGGCUCGGUCAAAGAUGUGAAAGAGGAAGAGGAGCAGUCUUCUGAAAAUCGGCCACGCCAACUCGGCCGCGACCGCGGCGGGUCGGCCCAGAAGCACCUCAGCAUGUCCGAGCUGAUGCAGUGGAGACAUUUCUCCGGAGAAGCCGACACCUUCUCUGACCCUUACCUCGAUCACGCCCGAGACCACAUCACCUUUGCCUUCCAGACCAUCUCUCACGUGGAACAAUAACCACCACUCUUUGCUACCAAGAAAAGAUGAUUUUGUCAGGCAAACAUGAACUCUCCUAAAUAUCCAGCAUUAAACAUAAACGUAGAGAGUUACAAAUUUACCAGCAUUGGGUUGUAGUUGUCCACUGGUGUAGAACCGCAGUCAUCAUAAUGAAAUGUGUUGUGACACGCCUCGCCUCACCUUUCUGUGAGUGCAACUGUGUCGUUUUACCCCACUGUCACAUGCGCAAACACAACUGAGCAUCAUUAUCUUUGUAAGUCCUCCUUAAAGUAGGUAAGGUGUCUAAAAAAAAAACAAAAAAAACAAAACCGGAGUUUAAUUGAAAUGGAGAAACAGGAUGGCUGGCGUUGUUCCUGGGUUAACAGAGGAUCUCAGAUUGUGCUGGUGUCCCUAAUGUUUUGUAUGGUAAGUGAAAUGGAAAGAGUUGUCUUAAAAGUGACUUUAAAACAUUCAUUAUUUAAUGUCCAUUGUUACAGGGCUCGUGUGGUGCUCACGCAGAGUUCCUGUGUCAUCCAUUGAAGGUAAUAUGGAUGACAGCAGUUCAUCUUAAUGAUGAGGCAUGUUUAGGUGCUGAGAGUUCAUGCAAAGCAUCAAUUCGGAAUAAUCUCGUUUACACUCUCCUGCGUUGUAACUUUCCCGCCAUGAGUUGACACGUUUCACAGAACAAUAAGCUUUGCCGCGGUGACGCGGUCUCAUCCUGUGACCUUCCACUUGACGGUGCAGUGAGUCGCGUCGGUCGAGUGACGCGGGACACUCGUCACCCUCGUUUGCCGGUGCUGCUCGGCACUGAGGCGCUGCGUGGGAGUUACGUGCGUGAGUGUUCUGCGUGUGCCGUGUGUGGUUUGUAUUCAACUGCGCUUUUACAUAAAAGGGCUAAUUAUUAUUUACCACGCAACUCUUGCGCAAUUUUCUUUGUGCAAUAACUACGUUUCUGGGAUGGUCUGCUUUUCUCAUGAGAGGCGCUCCAUUAACUCCCAGAAUUAUUACUCUUGAUCCCCUUGUGAUGCCUGUAAUAGUCAGCUCCUUUCGCUCUAAUUAGAUGAUGUGUUGAUGGUAAUGUUGCUUGAUCCGGUUGUGCUAUCCGAAUAUCAAACUCGUAAUAUUUGACCCACAAGUGAAUGGUGGCCAAGUUUCAGCAUUGCAACGGUCACGAAAUGACUGUUACUUCCCAUUAUUGGCGCAUCGAACAAAAGUGCCUCUUCUCAUAUGGCUUUACUACAAUUAGAUCUAAUAUUAGGAUUUAGUACGAUGUAGUCCGCUAUACUUUGUUUUUACAUCCCAUAAAAAAAAAAAAAUCUCAUGUCGAUUGAAAACACUUUGUAUUUUAAUUAAUGUCACGGUAGAUGAGAUUAGCUGGUGACCAGUCAAAGAUGUACUCCAGCACUUGGCCGGGAUCGGUUCCCACUCACGCCACUCGAAUGACGGCAAGCGCUAUUUCUUUCGUUGGUGCUGUUUUUAAAUGAUGAAAGAAUUGGGUGUUUUUGUGAUUAGAUAUGACCUUUUGGAAUGCAGAACAGCCUAGAUGUUUGUGGAGUCUAUUGCAAGGAUUGGAGUACAUUUCCUAACCAUCAAUUAUUUGAUUUUUUUUUUUUUAUCGUUGGCAUCGAAUAGCUAUCAAAUUACAGUCACUACAUUCUUACAGGGUCGUUAAAGAAUAUUCAGGUAAUACUUGUAUUUAUUCUAAUAAUUUAGAAUUAGAAUCUUCAGUGUACUAUUCUACUGAAUAGAAGAGGCGAAGUUCUCGCCGAAUACUCUGAACUCCUGAUUCUGUAACAACCCUGUCAUAAUGGAAACUAAUUCAAUAGAUCCGGUCGACACUUUCCUACGCAGAUGUGAAAAAGUAAAUUCAAGUGGGGACAUUCACCAAAUGUUGUAACGUUAAAGAUGAAAUUACGACCUGUGGCUCAGUAAAGGCUUAGCCUUCCAAUAGACUUGGCUCACUCCGCAGUGUUGUGUGCGACCGAGUUUAAUUUCCGGGGAGCUACGCAACUUUUUCUUCCGUCCGGUCUGCAUUAGGUCUUGAAGUUUUUCUUCAUUUCGAUAUAAUGAUGUUUUUUUUUGGGGGGGGAAUGUUUUAAACUCCAGUUUUACUUGACAUAUCGUGUAGUAUUGUUGUUGUUCUACAGUUGCAGUAUAGCUGAAGUAAUUGAUUGACUAAAUGCUAAUCGAAUAAAUCUCCCCUGUAUACGCAUCUCUUUUUUAACUCUCUCUCGUUAGUUUUGUAAUAGUGUAUCAGUAUUUAUAAAAUGUGACUAAUACUAUUCUAAAGGAGUGUUGUGCCUCCAGACGCCUCCCAGUGUUGGCCUGCCCCAUCUGCCAGGCCAGAAUAUGGUACCGUGUGUGGCAAUAUGCCAGGGUGGUUUACAUGCACGCCGUUCCUGUGUGGAGUUUCCCCCCCCCCAACCGAAGACUCCAAAUUGUUCGUAGGUAUGUCUGCGAGUAUCUAUAACGGGCCCUGCGAUUGUCUGGCAACCACUUGGCCUGUCUGCCAAAGUCAACUCAGCCGGGAUAGGUUCCAGCUCAUCCGUGACCUUCGUGGUGGACGGACGGUAGCUUUUUCCGAGCUUUAGCGUUGCUACUGAACACGUGUCAGACAAACGAGUGUCACUCGUCCGAUUGAUCCGAACGGUGUCCCGGGGGCGUGUGUCUGAUGGGUGCACGGGAUGGAAUUUUUUUAAAAGCCUCUUAACCGUCCGCUACCGAGCCGACCUUUUUAAGCCUGCCUGCUCAAAGGCUUGUCGUAUGGAUUUAAAUGAAUGAGUCCACCGCUGGUGGGGGUGGGGUGCAGUUGUUUUGAUGAGAGACUAAAUCACAGAUUGGAUGUUUAUUCCCUGUGAGCUCUGGACCUCUGAAUGGAGAGGCAGUCGGGCCGAGCCUCUGGCAUUAACCCUCACAGAGGUCGCACGUCUUGUAUUUCAUUCGCGAUCGCUUCGAGGAUCAUUGGCGUUUAAGCUGCACGAGCUUAUAGCCACGUGCAGCAGGCUGCACAUAGCGCGCAGGCCCGCCAAAUAUUUGAUCGUCUGCCGCUUCAAUGGCACGCUGAAGGCUCGCUGGCGUGAUCUCAUCGACGAACAAAGAGGGCACGCGUCCUUCGGAGCGCGGCGGCCUUCGUGGCUCCAAACAUCCCGUCUUGUGUUCACGCGUGCUCCUCCUUUCCACGCCGGACUUUGCCCCUCACCCUUUUUAUGACCUCUCUGCCUAUGGACAGCCUGUGCAGCGCCUCACACUGCUACAUACUGCAGCCACUGUUCUUCCUAGGGUUUCAAUUAAACUGAUUUUGCUCUGGCCUGACGGCUUCUGAACUUUUUUGGGCUAACUCACAUUUUACCACCCCAAAUACACGCACACGCACACUUUCGAAAGUUGAGUGGGCGUACUGGGCGUUUUUCUAUAUGUGACUGCAUGUCCUUCCGCUUCCACUCACUUGGGUCCUGUCCCUCAAGCCCCCGCUGAACCAACAUGGGCCUUUUAUUUUAUGGAGCUUUGUGCGCUUUUGGUCUGGAAAGAAUUUUCUCCAAAUGGAGUAUGAAUUAUCGCAUAUUGCUGUGGAGGCGCCAAAUGCUAGGUAGGCCUAGUUUGAAAGCUGUCAGUUCACUGAUGAAUAGAUGCACGUAUAUAUUAUCUUGACAGGAACUAACCCUAACCCAAACAAAUAGUAGAACUUUGGAAGUUUAUCUUGCGGGUUGAGGUUACUGACUGUCUUCUUCUUGACACCACUGAUCAGCUCUGUAUAGCAGUUAGAAAUGUGACUUCAAAUUGCUUGUGUAAUUACAAAAAAAGAAAAAACCCAAAUAAUUGGUAACAGUUUGACCAUGGAACAAGUUGUUUGUAUUUACAUUACUGUUUGUCUUUUGCGGGAAAAUGGUCAGCCAUUAUCCCAGAACACGUUGUGCUAAUGAGCGGUUCCACAGUGUGCUUGAUAUGAGCUGUCGUGUCCCCAUGAUUGUCCCAGCAUGUGGGGCGGAACGCUGCCGUCACUUUGGAUGUGGCUAUCCGUCUCAACUAACCACCUCGUGACCCUGCCGACGUGCGGUACGAAAGCCUCCGACGCCGGUCUCGCUCCGGCACUUAACGAGGAUUUAAUGUCGCCCCCGUCGACCGUCAGCCAGAUGAGAUCAGAGUAGAAGGCCGCGGCAGAUCAGACUACACAGCCUCCUCGCACACAAGCGCCGCACGACACGAACAACGGCAGAGAAAGCGGCCUAAUCCCGCAAUUAGUGUAAUGGCUCCCCACCACUUGUCACAGGGCGACCGCCCAUCGAACCAUAACAUGUUUUCCAGCGUGUUUUUCUAUUGUCCGGUGAAAGCGAGGUCUAACUUUUUAGCCGUAAUUCCAAAAGGUCAGUACGGUGGUGACUGGUUAGCACAUCUGACUCACAGUUUUCUCCAGGCACUCCGGUUUCCUCGCACAUCCCCAAAACAUGCAUGCUAGGUUAAUUGAAGACUCUAAAUUGUCCGUAGGUGUGAAUGGGAGUGCGAAAGGUUGUUUGUAUCUCUGUGCCCUGCGAUUGGCUGGCGACCAGUUCAGGAUGUACCCCGCCUCUCGCCCGACGAUAGCUGGGAUAGGCUCCAGCGUGACCCGCGUGAGGAGAAGCGGUACAGAAGGUGGGUGGGUGGGUGGUGCUAACACAAUGCUGCUCAUCACCACAACAACAAAAUACCUACAGUCAAGCAUGGUGGCAGCAGCUUCCCUUUUUUUGUUUUGUUUUUCAGCUGGAUCUGGGGCCUUAGUCACCGUGCAGCAAAUUAUGAACACUUCCAAGUACCAGUUAGUGCACAAAGCCUUCAGGCUUUUGUGAGAAAGCAAAAACAAAUGUCGGGGAAAACUUACUAGAGCAUCGGAAAUGUAUUUGUGGCUAAUCGGAGCAGCUUUAAAUGAUGGCAGGUGUGUGCGGACUCGUAUUUAACAUGUUUCAUUGCAAUUAAUUCUGAACACAGCGACAUUCCACUCAUAAGAGGGUGUGCACACUUGUGCAACCAGCUUGUCACAGUUGUUGAGCUUUACUUUCCCCCCUCAAAAAGAUUUGAAAAAACUUGCACAGGUCAUAGGUCACAUUAAUGGUGGGAAUAUGUUUUGAAAUUUAUCCUGGUCUCAUUUUUCAUACAAACCUGCCAUUUGAACAGGGGUGUGUAAACUUUUAUAUCUACGGUGUGCUGAGGUCUCUUUCUGCCAUACGUUUCCCCCAGGAAUGCUCUCAAUCGGAAAUUUUUGUGGCGUUGGAUUUUGGAGGUUGUCGGCAACAAGGAACCAAUGCGUCACACUUGAGUGGCGCCGUUCGCGAGCGCUUCGUUGACCAACAGGGGCGGUCUUUGUUAUGGAUCAGUGCGGCAGUUUCCAUAGUAACGGGCAUCAGUACGUCGAGCGCCCGCCAACACUAGCAUUCGUAUAAGACGCCUGGUUCCCUCUGCACUUUAGUAAACAAACAACACUCGGGCCAAUCGCGUUAAUAGGCAGAAAUGACCACCUGAUGCGGCAACGAAGCAAUAGAGUUGAACAAAACAAACCUACUCAAAUGUAUCUCACUCUUUUCACUUGCUCUUUAAAAAAUAAAAACAUCCAGACUUAUGAGACAACAUAGGCGACAAUUACGCUGCAGAACAUGUACUAGUUCAAGAAGAAAAUGUCCUCGUCCUGACGUCAGCAGGCUCGCGCAGGUUUCGACCGCAAUGUGGGCGCGCCAAAUUGUGUCUGACAACCAAAUAUGUCAUCAGAAAACGAGCCUAAAAUUGAUCGGUCUGUUUUGGGUUUAUUUUUUUUAUUUUUUUUUCUCUCCUUCUCCUCUGCAGGCAUCGUUUUUAGGUCCAGAACUAUGGAAUAAGUGUCAACGUUCACAGCAUUAGGGAGGGGUCCUUCAAACGAAGGCAGUAGAAAACGGGGGCAAUCAAAUAAAUGAUUAUCAUCAAUACUGGAAUUUCCUUCAAUUUCGAUGUUUCUGCGUGCAACCUCAAAAACAGAAAAAACUGAUCAUGGCAAACGCAAGGCCAAGACGGGAAUCGUGGACUUUUGCUGUGACUUUGGUCCAGGGUGGUCCACCACUACGUUUCAUUUGAAGAGGACGACGCGGCCCGAA